AUGGAUACCCAGAUGGAUCAUGAGAUUCUACACCACCUCGACAGUGCAGAAACUUUGGUGCUGGGCCAAACACAGAGCCUGACGUCGUUGCCUAGUGUCGAGAACUUGGACGGGGAACCGGCGGACGACGACGAGCUAGAGCUGGAAGCGGCCCGGGCGGCAGCUGAGAAGUACCAGCAGCUUUUGCAGAAAAAACGAGAGAAGACCGCAGCACAGAAAGCCGAAGCGGACCGAGCAGCACGGGAGCAACAGCAGAAAGCCGAAGCCGAAAAGGCAGCACUGGAGCGAGCACAGAAAGCCGAAGCCGACCGAGCAGCACUGGAGCAGCAGCAGAAAGCCGAAGCCGAAAAGGCAGCACUGGAGCAACAGCAGAAAGCCCAAGCCGAACCCGACCCAGCAGCACAGCUAGCUUUGCUUCUGCAAUCACAGCAAAUGCUUCAGCAGGCACCCGCAGACGCGGCCAAUCGAGGUGCCAGAGAGGUACAAAUCGAGUUGGACCGAGAAGCCGAACAGCAGUUACGGGCGCAAGCAACGGCAGCAACACUCCAAGCAGACCAGUACCGGGAGACUGCCGAGCGCCUGGCUCGGGAGGCAGAGCAAGCACGGCAGGUGUUUUUGGACGCAAGCAAGAAAGCAGAAGAAGCAGUAAAAGCUCGAGUCGACAAGACUUUGGAGGUGGAGCAGGCGCAGGAGGAGGCAGCAGCACAAGCGGGAAAGACCGUUGACAGCACAGCGCAGCAGGCGCAGCCAGAACACCACGUGGCACCCGUACGUACUUGGUCUACUCUAGCGCAUGCUGCCUCCUUUGACGACACAAGUCUUCCAGCUCGUGUGGUUCAGACGCUGGUGACCCCGGACACCUCGGCAGCAUUGGCAGCGAAGAACCCCGCCGUCCUCGGCACUCCGGUUAAAGCCGGGCGAACCAGCCGAGCCAAGAAGGAUGACUUUGAGCUCCCCGUGCUGAGUGAAGCCGAACAAAGCAAGUACAAGAACUUUUGGUACGGCGACUACCGCGACGAUUCCGAGCCCGACCACAUCCAUUGCUGGUACUGCGGCGACUACGGCGACGAUUCCAAGUACCGUCCUGACCGCAGAAGAACAGCCACCAGCCCCACCUCUGCAGGCAAUGGCCUGGCAUUGGAAGCCGUCUUGCGGUAUAAAAGGCAGCAAGAAGAAGAGCAAAAGGACGAAGGACUUUACUACCCUUGGUCCGAAAUCGUCGACUUCCACUCCGGUGACCUGGAGAAAGCAACAUCGUUUGCUGAAAUGAGACGUCGGCAAGCCAGAGGGACCUCCUGGGACCGAAACGAUCCCACCGUGGAAACGCUACUUAAGUACGACGAGAUAUCUUGCGACAUCGGAUGCGACCCUCGGUAUGCUGCUUCUCUGAUGGAAUCCUUCGAGAAAGGCAAUGUUAUUGGCCAGGGAGCUCCGUCAGGCUUGCACGGCUGCAGAGGGGAAGACAACUACAAUGAAGGGCUUGAGGCGUUGGAAAGCCAGGAGACGCUGAUCAAGCUGUUAUCUGAUGCCAUCGCAGGGAUGGCAGAGGCUGCACCUUUCGUGGAGGCUUUCAAGAAGCACCAAAGGGUGGCAUCGAUUUCUUCCGAGGCUCGUGUGACCCAGCCCAAGAAAAAGGCGAAGUCCACAGCUCCGCCGCCAGAGAAGGUACUCUGUGGGCAUCUCGAAUGGGAGCUUCUGGAAAGCGGCAGGAUCAUAUCGAGGAAGGGGGACACUGACUGGGUCAAGUUUUGGUCCGACGUCCAAACCGAAAGCUGGGGGAGGACCCAUCCCGUGCAGAGCUGGGACGAGGUUAUGCAGUCAGAGUACUUUGCAUACGACAAGGACGGUGUCAAUAUUACUUUGCAGCAGUUCCAAGCUGACUUGGUUCGCUCUUUGCAAAAAUGCGCAGAUGCAAGCAACGGUUUGGGACACACCCUGCACGUGGUGGCGGGGAAAGGAGAUUGGGCAUGGCGUGCCCAGUGGUUGCAGCAGAUACGCUUUUACAACAAUAAGCUGAUCGAGGGGCCCGCAGCUGGCUUAUGCGCACGCUGCUUGUGUACACGCGACACGUGGCUGGAUGUGCACGAACGUUUUAAUGCACCGGCCGAUUUGGCGACAGCUCGACUGACAGCUGUGGGCGAUAUCGCGCUGAAGUCGUUGCCCGGAUGGGACCCGGACAUGGAAGUGCCGGAUUUGCUUCACGUCUUAUGGACCGGCACAGGCCGGGACUUGAUAGGCAGCCUGUGCCUUCAGAUCGUCGAGACGAGCCAAAGCUACACUGGUAGCACUUACGACGAGAGAUUGCGACAUCUCAGACGGGACAUGCAGGCAUGGUGUGUGGCGAACGGUAUCCGCCCAUCGACAGUGGAGGAGAUAAGUACUUUGGGCCUAAUUAUACACUGUUUUUAUACACACUGUUUCGGGUUUCAAUAG